AUGUCGUGGAAGAGGAACUACUUUGCAUCAGGUGGCGGAGCAGUAGGCGGGGUGCAGGGGCUGGUGACCCCGAGAACCAUGACCUCUAUCGCACCCAGCAAAGGCCUGAGCAACGAGCCGGGACAGAACAGCUGCUUCCUCAACAGCGCUCUGCAGGUACUGUGGCAUCUUGACAUUUUCCGCAGAAGCUUUCGACAGCUGACCACACACAAGUGCAUGGAGGACUCGUGUAUCUUCUGCGCAUUAAAGAGUAUCUUUGCCCAGUUCCAGUUCAGCAGUGAGCGCGUGCUGCCAUCAGAUGCACUGCGGAGCGCUCUGGCCAAGACUUUCCAAGACGAACAACGCUUUCAGCUGGGCAUCAUGGACGACGCUGCCGAGUGCUUUGAGAAUCUUCUGAUGCGUAUCCACUUCCACAUCAGCGCGGAGAGUAGAGAAGACAUCUGCACAGCCAAACACUGCAUACCACACCAGAAGUUUGCCAUGACUCUGUUUGAACAGUGUGUGUGUAACAGCUGUGGAGCCACAUCGGACCCCCUGCCCUUCAUUCAGAUGGUUCAUUACAUCUCCACUACAUCCCUCUGUAACCAGGCAGUGAGGAUGCUGGAGUGCAGAGAGAAACCCACACCGGACAUGUUUGGAGAACUGCUCCGCAACGCCAGCAACAUGGGAGACCUGCGCAACUGCCCGAGUAACUGUGGGGAGGUGUUGCGUAUCCGCCGGGUGCUGAUGAACUCGCCGGAGAUUGUGUCUAUUGGCCUGGUGUGGGACUCAGACCACUCUGACCUGGCGGAGGACGUCAUACACAGCCUGGGGACCUGUCUGCGUCUGGGGGAUUUGUUCUACCGUGUGACAGAGGAGAGGGCUCGCCAGGCGGAGCUCUACUUGGUGGGCAUGGUGUGCUACUACGGCAAGCACUACUCCACCUUCUUCUUCCAGACCAAGAUACGCAAGUGGAUGUACUUCGACGACGCCCACGUCAAAGAGAUCGGCCCUAAGUGGAAGGACGUGGUGUCUCGCUGUAUCAAAGGCCACUAUCAGCCCCUGCUGCUGCUCUACGCUGACCCCCGUGGGACGCCGGUGAUACUGCAGGAGAGCCCCAACCCCUGUACCAGCUCCAACCCGCAGCUGGAGCUCCAGCACUGCAGCAGCAAGGCUGGUUACGACAGCGAGGACUCCGGUCGGGAGCCGUCUAUAUCCAGCGAUACUCGAACUGACUCUUCGACGGACAGCUCUAGCCACCGCGCCUCUCGCAGCCGGUCUCUCCACCAGUCCACAGGCAGCCACCUCUCCAGUGAAUCCCAGACCACAGUGGUCUGUAAUUACGACAUCGGCACACCACCACACAGUGCUGACACCGGAGGUAAUUCUGCAUUCAAGUCUGGUCCUCCCCGCCCUCCCUCUCCUCCCUUGCAGGAGUACAAGGAGACGGCCGUCUUCCUCCUCUCCUCCCGCCGGCCACUCACCUCCUCCUCUUCCUCCUCUCGUCCCCUGUCCUCCUCCUCUUCUUCAGGGGUCGGGGGCUGUGAGGGCGGGGUAGGGGGACCCCACUGGGAGGAUGAAAGCACCAGCAGUGAGAGCAAGUCCAGUUCUUCCGGAGGCCGGUACAGGCCUACCUGGAGGCCCAGGAGAGAGGCCCUGAACAUCGACAGCAUCUUCACCCGCCAGAGAGGUUGCUCUCUGGGCUACCACACUACGCCUGGUCCCUCUCUUCCUCUGGAGCCCCAGGACUCCCUACCUUUGGCAGGACCCGCUCCACCUGCGCAGCCAGGGUUGCAAGAGGCAGAAGGGAGGGAGGUUGGGGAGUUGGAGGCAGGAUUUGGGCUGGUUGGGCAGCCCAGGUCUCUGGGCAGUGGGCGGACAAUGGGUCCCCCUGCCCCUCCGCCUCUGAGAGGGGUGGAGCACCAGCCACGUCUGAUUCAGAGGAUGGAGAGUGGCUACGAAAGCAGUGAGAGGAACAGCAGCAGCCCCGUCUCUGUUUUUCGGUUUCUUUCCCCUGUCUCUACUUCUCUCCGCAGGGAGGUGGGGCAACAGAAACGGGUGCUGAUGUCAGGACCUUCAUGGCGCUCGGUGCCCAAGUCAAAAAGCAGCGGUGCCAUCCUGCAGGAGCUGCCCUCCCCCAGCUGGGGCGGCGGCACCAACACAGGCUCAGGGCGCAGUGAGCUGGACGAGCUGCAGGAAGAGGUGGCGAGGAGAGCCCGCCAGCAGGAGCAGCAGAAGCGGAGGGAGGCGGAGCGGGAGGCGGCAAUGGGAUUCAACCCUAAACCCAGCAAAUUCAUGGACCUGGACCAGCUCCAACACCAGGUGAACAGCCUGGCCCGGUCCAAGUACUGCUGACGCCCAAUCAGGAGGAGGAAGAGGACCAGGCAACGCCCAACCAGGACGCUGCUCUGGGCCUGGACCCGCCCCCUCCACCUUAUCGCCCUCCUCGCUCUCGACCCCCGCUCACCCUCAGCAUCGCUCACCCUUGCGCCCCUUCUAGCCAAGGGGAGGAGGAGGAGGGUGGAUGCUCGGGGAGGAGAGGGGAGGACGGGGAGGAUGGGAGGGAGGGGACGGGGGUGAGGCUGUGUGAGUUGCUGCAGGCAGGGGGGGUGAGUGUCAGACCCCUGGGGAAGCACUUAGCCAUCUCUCUGCCCUCGCUUCCUCUGCGUCUCUGGGAUACACACACCACACACACCGCACACUCCACACACCUUGAACCCCCACACACACACCCUCCCCCUCCGCCCUCCACUCCUCCCCCGUCUUCCCCUCUG